CCCAGGUUUAGAUCUGCACAAGAACCAAGAUCAGGAACCAUGGCAUCCAUCCCAUCCAGCGGCUCGCUCAUGGCCACGCACAACUAUCGCAGAAGGCGCCUGAGCUCCACAUCCAGCACCAGCUCCUGCAGCUCAGAGUACUCUGGGGAGGUCAUCCCCCACGGCCCAGAUCUGCCCAAGUCUGACCCCGGCCAGUGGUGGGCCAGCUUCUUCUUUGGGAAGACAACUCACCCAGCCAUGACAACGGUGUCAGAGUCCCAGGAGAGCUUGGGAGCUCUGCGGGUGGCCACUGGACCACUAGCCUGUGCGCUGGUGGCCGCCCCGGGCGCAGGACGGAGGCGCCACGCCAGCGAGUCCAGCGUGGGACCCUCGGUGUGAGCGGGGCCGGCGGCUGCUCCCCAGCCCGGGGGGCACAGCCCCACCCAUCCAUCCAUCCCUCCCCACCCCUCUAGAGUAGUGGCUGCUCCAAGUAAACGGCGCUGCUUUCUGAUGGAGAACUGCAGCCACCCCGACGAUUCCACUCCGGCCUUUUUUACUCUCUCCCCAUGUAACUAAGCCCCCUCCAAGACUUGGUAACACCUUUUUAUUAUCUUCAACUCGUACAAUGGCAACCAAUAAACUUGAGCAGCCUUUUAAAAUGC